GGAGUCGGAGGCGUCGCAGGAUGCGGGACAGAAGAAGAUUCUUCUGCAGACAGCCGAGGGAGGUCCAGACCUGGACCUGCCAGAUGAUGAGAGGGACGAGGAUGACUCAUCCCACAGGAUGAUGUGAUGAAGAGGAAGAAGAGUCACACACGAGUUGACAAAUACAGACACUCAGACGAGGACAAGAGGAGCUGCUGUGUGGGUCUCAACAUGGACCUGCAGAACCUCAGCUCGGAGGAGUCCGUCCAGAAGCUGCUCUCUGUGGAGACCUUCCUGCAGAUCUGCGGUCAGUACGGGUACGGAGGAGACCUCCAGGACGUGGUGGCGCGGGAGUUUCCCCGGAUCAAAGGAGUGACGUAUCUGGAUCACGCAGGUGCCACUCUCUUCCCGGAGUCUCUGCUCAGAGAUUACUUCCGGGACAUUUCCACCAACGUUUAUGGAAACCCUCACAGCCAUCACCCCAGCAGCAGGCUGACACACGACACGGUGGAGCGAGUCAGAGACAGGGUGUUGCAGCACUUUAACACCACCUCUGAGGAACACUCCGUGAUCUUCACCUCUGGCGCCACGGCCGCCCUCAAGCUGGUGGCUGAGAGCUUCCCGUGGCGCCGGCAGACGCAGCGCGAGGCGGGGAGCUGCUUCAGCUUCCUGACCGACAGCCACACCUCCGUGGUGGGCAUGAGGGGGCUCGCCUCGGGCCUAGGGGCGACCGUUCUCCCCGUCACCCCAGAGCAGCUGAGGAGCGGCGAGGGGGCGGAGCUUCAGGGCGACGCUUGCCAAACGCCACAUCUUUUCUGCUUCCCGGCGCAGAGCAACUUCUCAGGCAGGAAGUACCCUCUGAGCCUGGUGCGGGACAUCCAGGCCAGGAGACUCCGCCCCGCCUCGGACCUGCGGGGCCGCUGGUUCGUGCUGCUGGACGCCGCCUCCUACGUGGGCUGCUCGCCCCUCAACCUGCAGAGCUGCCCUGCCGACUUCGUCUGCGUCUCUUUCUACAAGAUGUUCGGUUUCCCCACCGGUCUGGGCGCUCUGCUGGUCCGGCGCCGCGCCGCCGGGAUGCUCAGGAAGGCCUACUUCGGAGGCGGCACAGCAGCAGCUUACCUGYCUGCAGAGGAUUAUUAUGUGCCGACAGCAGCCGUCUCUGACAGGUUUGAAGACGGAACCGUCUCUUUCCUGGACAUAAUCGCUUUAAAUCACGGGUUUGAGUCUCUGCUCAGGAUCACAGGGAGCAUGCACAACAUCCAGCAGCACACGUUCGGCUUGGCUCGUUACACUUACAUGCUGCUCUCCAGCCUUCGCCAUGGCAACGGGCGCCCGGCGGCUCAGAUUUACACCGAAGGCYGGUUUGAGAGUCCGGGCGCUCAGGGAGCAAUCCUGAACUUCAGCCUGCUGGAUUCUGCUGGGCAGAUAAUUGGAUAUUCACAGGUGGACAGGAUGGCUGCUCUCUACAACAUUCAUGUCCGGACCGGUUGUUUCUGCAACACCGGCGCCUGCCAGCGCUUCCUCGGAAUCACCGACCAGCAGCUGAAGAGGAAUCUGCAGGCGGGUCAUGUCUGCGGGGACAGCGUGGACCUGGUGGACGGCCGGCCGACCGGAUCCAUCCGAGUCUCCUUCGGCUACAUGUCCACAUUCGAGGACUGUCAGAACUUCCUGAACUUUGUCGUGGAGUGCUUCGUGGAGAAACCAGUCAGAGUGGACCGGGCCAGGCUCCAGGAGCUCCGGGCGCGUCGAGCAGAAGAGGAAACUCUCACCGGUGAGAACCGCAGAACACCUGAGACGAAAUCCACCGAAGAACCACGGGAAGAAUCGGAACGAGAGGAGCUAAAAGUCCUCGGAGCCGCUCACACUCUGACCAACAUCUUCAUCUACCCCGUCAAAUCCUGCGCUGCGCUCGAGGUCCAGGAGUGGCCCGUGGGCCCGCUGGGCCUGCUGUACGACAGGGUCUGGAUGGUGGUGAACGGGAACGGCGUGUGUCUGAGUCAGAAGAGGGAGGCCCGCUUGUGCCWGAUCCACCCUGAGGUCCACCUGGACUCCAACAAACUGGUCCUCCGGGCCUCGGGGAUGGAUCCGGUCUCCGUUCCUCUGGGAUGUGACGUUCAGGYGUCUCAGAUGUGUCGGAGGAAGGUUUGUGGCGACAGGGUGGACACGUUGGACUGUGGAGACGAAGCUGCGUCGUGGCUCUCGGAGUUCCUCGGUCAGACGUGCCGCCUGAUCAGACAGAGUCCUGAUUCCAGCCGAGGACUGAGGAAGACUCCUGAUGGAGGUGACGUUCGGUGUUUACCUGAACCAUCACAGCUCUGAAGGUUCUGCUGCAGCCCGGGUUCUGUCUGUCGGUUCCCUCGUUCAGCCUGAGACCCCCUCCUGAUUUAUCCUGGGGGGCCUCAGGCGGCCAUCUUGAAUCAUGCUGACUCCAAAAAUUAACCAGUAGAAACAUAAAUAUUCAGUACUUUGUACGAUAAUAUCCUUUAAUUUGUACAUUUUAUUAAUAUUUGUAAUAUUUUUUAUGCUUUGAUUUGAUGUCUGAAAUUUAAAUCUGUUGUUCUUAAAAGAAAUGAUUUUUAACAACGUUUAAAACACAAAAUGUUGUUUUUACAUUCAAAAUGAAGUACUUUAUUUUACCACUAAAUUCUAAAUAUAUUUUAUUUCCA